AUGUUGCCGGAGCCUCUAAGGAGAUUCUCGACUCAUAUCGACUUUCCGGGUCAGAAGGCCGCGGAAAGAACUUUUCAGGUGAUCAUAGUGCUUUCUGGAAUCAUCGGGUUCCUAAUCGGUUUCUCUACGCAACAACUCUCACAUGCCAUCUAUACAGUGCUCGCUGGUGCUGCGUUAUCUGCGGUGAUCGUUCUGCCGCCCUGGCCGUUUCUGUUCAGGAAAAAUCCCAUUACUUGGCAACCAGUAUCAGCACCGGAGAGUAAAGAAACAAAGAAGACAAAAUAA